CAAUAGCGGCGCUUGCGUCUGUAAAAUCACGAAAAGAGCGCCACCGACAAAAGUCCUAGGAGUUUGGAAAAUUCGUCCAUUGAGCAUCAUGGUGGGGAAGAAAAUGGUGGGAGGAGUCAGCAAGGCAGCGCUGUACAAGCGCAAUCAGCGCAGUGCGAGCAAUGCAUCGAAUAAAAAAGGGAAAAACAAUAAGAGUAUGAAAGGCAAAGGCACCACGCGGUCAGGAAGUGCAAAGCCAACCCAGAAACCGCCCAUGAAGAUGAUGAUCUCCGCGACCUGCUCGUCUGCAUAUGCAUUGCAAAUAUGCCGGGGUCUGGAAGAACGCGAGGUUUGUCAUGCUAGUCUGGCAUUAGACUGAGCUUUGUAUUGCGCGACCACGAACGCCUCCUCUUGUACUUGUUGGUCAUGCAAAACCUAAAACACUGUAUCUCAUUCUCAUGCGCAAUUGAUGACAACAUGACGCGAGAGAAAAGCACAAAAAAAGUAAUCUGUCAUGUUCUUUGGCGCUGCGUUGCAGUGUGUUUACUAUUCGCCGACAUGCAUCACAACUUUCCAGACCAAGACAUGUUUGCGCUUGAUACUGCACCGCAGAUUACCACAGCGAUGAAAGCUGCGGGUAAAUCUCUCGCCGCAGCGGCCAGUACUGCCAUGAAGACCCCUGGGAAAGGAGCGCAGGUGAUGAAAAAGAUGAGUACCUCCGCCACUGCCACUGAGGAUGACACCGCUUCGCCGGUGGAGGAGCAGGAACUGCUGCAGGAAAAGGACGAGCCGGGGGCACAAGACCAGGACGAGGGUACUUCGAUUUUACUAGUUCUUUCAGAUUCACUCCGUGUUCUUGUUCAACUGUGUCUGCAUGAAGUUGAAGUGUGCAUCACCUACCACUUUUUAGACUUGCAGAUAAAGAUUCACACUUUUUAUUUCCAACGGAAUGCAAAUCGACAACAGGGAUGCAGUGCGUGUGGUGGAAGCUCAUCAUCCUGGCCGUGUGCAUGCUCGUCACAGGAUAUCAAGAUGAAUAUUUUUCAGCACCAAGGGAUAACUACUACCUUUCCAAGGAAAUGAAGUUGCAACCCUAUGUGCAAAAAAUUUUAUUCCGUGGAGAUGGAGAGAGCCUGCUGCUUCGCCAGGCUUUCUUCUAGUCGCAUAGCUAAGCUGCUAUUCUAGCAUCCUUUUCUAUGUUCUCUUCGCAAGACUUUGUUAUUGCAGACGACUGGACUUUCUCAGGGGCCCACCUUUUGUGCAUUGCUGUUUGUGACGAAUGAAUCCCUCUGCGAAAGUUUUGAUCUUGAUAUCACUGUGAUCGGAACCAUGGUGGUAAUGUGUAGUCUGCAUCCGGAAGCGCCAACUCUGGGGGGAGGGAAGAACGCCAACUCUGGAGAUGCCCCUCCGUAUGCUGCGCCGAAAACGUUUCCCUACUCUCGCUUUUCACACACAAAAGAGAAAAUGCCUGCUGAUGUGCCAUUUUUCCGAAACUCGAAGCAAGGGCACGAAUAAAGAUAAAGUCAUGGUGGCUGUUUUAACGGAUGAAAGCUUUCUGUCAUGGUACGUAUUUUCGAUAAAGUCAAUGUAAAUUUUUGUACGUGCAACCUGAAAUCAUACGACCGAAUGCGCAAGGCAGACGAGAAAGCGUUUUAUUUGCCUUGAUACGGAGACGGAGAACUCGAGGGGUUCGCCUGCCGCCUCUGGUGCCGACUAUGGAUUGCAAAUACGUCUGGGUCUGGAAACUUGUAAUUAUGCAUAGGCGUGAAUAGUGAAUGCCGAUGCUCUGCAAUGCACAGCCAAGCAUGGGAAAUAUUUGCGCGGGUUAGUAUUGACCUUUUUGCAUCACAGAAGGCGACUUUGCAUGACAAGAGAAAGGGUUUCUUCUUCAAAACGCAUCGCGAACUCUUCACUCAUGCCAGACAAGCAUGGCUAACGUUGCAUCGAUCCGUCCGGGCCCAGACAUAGUUGCACUUGAUACCGAUUCGGGCACUGGGACGACCUCCUCGUCCAGCACCACCACGACCUUUUCCGUCUCGCUAUACAUUGCAAAUAGGUCUGGGUCUGGAAGAAUGAAUUGUUUGUCAUGCUCGAAUAGCGACGCGAACUCUUAACCCUGUCGUGUAAAUUGCCCAAACACGACCCCAAUUGCCUGUCAUGCUAAAUAAAUGCGAUUAGCCAUGUAGAGUAGGCAAUAUCUACCAGCGCAAAAACUUGUGGUCAUGCUUCGCCGUCAGUUGAGGCAUAGUGUUCUCAUGAAUGUCCAACCCGCAUCACAAGUUUCCAGACCCAGACUUGCUUGCAUCGGAUACUCGCUGUUCAAGCCCGACUCUAUCCCGUGUUGCAAAAUCCCCGUUUUUUUUUGUACAGAGCGCGUUUUUGUAGUGAAGGCAAGCCACUUGCUGUGCUCGUAGAUGAAAGAAUUCACUUACUCGCAAUAUAUCAUUUUGGUGGAUGUGCAAAAUGUACACUUCUUGCGACGCUUUUGCACUGCGGUAUAGACCACAACGUCAUCAAACCACUGGUCAAAAUGAAAAUCGCAUCGAAUGGCGCUAACGAGGAAGCGGACUCCCCGGGCUCGGAGGCCGCUGAGGAAGAGGAAUCAAAUUUUUCGCCACCGUUAUGUACUGAGAAAAACCACCUCUCGUGGGUUCUACGUGUGGUGGUCAAGACCUAUUUACUUGAGAUUGAUUUGAAAUCAUGGUAUUACCGGAUCCGUCCUGCGGACGACCGACGAGCACAUGACAGAUAAGGAUCAUGCAUCUAUGCAUUUAUCGCUUGAUGAAAAUUCCAAAUUUUCUGCAAACGAAGUUGAGCAAGCUGUGGAUGAUGGGCUUUUCUCUGGCGUGGUUGCAUACGGCGAAGAAGCCGAGUCGUGAACGUGAUGAGCCGCUUUCUCGGGAAUUUCAACGACUAGGACCACCACCGCGUUUUCAUCCCAGUAAUUUUAGAUUCAAUGAUACGCAUAUAAUGAAGAAGAAUACCAAGACCGCUAAAAACGAUUUCCGCUAGCUUUGCAAAAUGAAAUGGGCUGCUGAAGCUAGAAUUCAAACGAAAAUGGCGAUUCUUGAUGUACAAUUAAUUUGCCAGUCGUGUCAUGUUGUGCUAGAUCAUUGAUACUGCUAGAUAUAGACUUUAUAUGAAAAACGUCGUGCUACUGUCUCCAUAUUUGUUUCCUUUUCGCACAACGAGCCGAAAGAUAUGGUAGAUUCACGAACCGCAGCUCAUGUUAAAGGUUUGCACAAAAAUUGAUGACUAAAAGCCGGAACGACCCUCGUAGGUAACGCUAGAGUACUUACAUGAUGGUGACAAAGAAGGAGCCAAAUAGAGUUUCCACAUAGUUUACCAUAGAUAUCCUGAACUAGUUGCGUGAACAAACUGGGACGACAGCAGAAGCUACGGCUAUCUUGUCAUAGAU